AUGUCCAAGAACGUGUCACCCAAGAUGCUGCCGAAGAGGCAGGCUUCUCCCGUCACACGAGCCACAACAAGAGCCUUGGCCAAGGUGACUCGUGAGGCUCUUGAAGGUCCCGGAAAGCCCGUCGGUAUGGGUAGAUCCGGGGCAGUUAAACAGGUCAAAGAGAGUGGACCGAAAGAAGGCGCAUUGAAGGAGAAUGCUUCGAAAGAGACCGGAACGAGGGAGAAUGCUUCGAAAGAGGAUCGAUCGAAUGAGAGUAGUGGCUCGAAUGACGGUGGAUCGAAGGAGACCCGACGGAGACGGGACCAGGGUAAGACGGUAGGUGCUGCCGCGCGGCAGCAUGCCAUCAAGCCGGACGGCGGUAGCCAUGUGGCACGGCGGGAAGCAAAAGGGCUGAAGAGACCACCUGAGACGAGAACUGAUGGAAACGCCGAGAAGCUGCCGGCCGCUCUCGCUCCGGCCCGAUUGGCCGGGCCGCCUUUGAUGAUUGCACCAGAGUCAGACAUCGACGAGCCGUACUUGCCACAGGCUCCUAAGAAACGAUCAGGGGGAAAGAAGCGGACUGCGGCCGGUGGUGACUUGGCGACCAAGACGUCGCCGGCGGAUGCCAAAAAACAGGUGAAGAGAUCGCACAAAAAAAAUGUCACCAUGGAAGCUACACCAGUGCAGCGACCGGUACCGCAAUCGGUGGGAACUCCGCAGCUACCCGUGAAUGAACAGACAACCAAGUCUGAGAUGCUAAAGACGGGGACGGAGGGGACGACAAAGGCGGAGCGCACAAAGAUGAAUCGGGCGACGGUGAGUCCGUCCGUGUCGGUUGCCAACCCCGUGGCGACGACGCCCAUGAUUGUGGCUACGAGAAGGUCACAGCGGUCGAGAAAGAACAAUGAGACGAAGAUCCGGACUGUGGGCGGCGAUGAGCCGAGGAACGCGCGGCACACAGACCCGGUGUUACGAGAAAAACCGCACUCUGCUCCGGACCCUCCAGUCAAGACGGUUCGAUUCCAAUCCAUGCCCCUUAGAAAGGAAAAUGUGGAGAUGGGAGAUGCGGGGAAGGAAGAUGCUGGGAAGGAAGAAGCCAAGUCGUCUGCUAAGAAGGUGGGACGUUUUACCCGAGAUAUGAAGAUUGCAUUGGAGGCGGAUAUGGUUAAGGCGCAGCCACCUGGGCGGCGCAAAAGGCCGCUCAUUCAAGUGAGCCAGGACGCGGAAGACGACGAGCAGGUGCCUGAAAAACGUGGUGGCAGACCGGGCCGGAAGGCGGGUCGUGGAAGAGUGGUUGAACCGACUGGUGUAGCGGAGCAGACAGGCGACAUUUACAGACCUGAAGGGGAGAUGAAGCGGCGCCGAGGGAGACCCAGGCGUGAAGAGUCUUUGGCCAGACAGGAAGCGGCCCGAUUGGAAGCACCGGCCAAGCAGGCGAGCAGGGGUCUCGAUACGACUGAGGAAGCACCAUUAGCGAAACUGAAGAGAAGACGGGGCCGGCAAGAGCCGGGUCCGGCAAGAGUUGGGGGGAAGUUGUCCCUUCAGGAAAAAAGACUUCUCCGAGGCAAGACCCCCCUUCAAGGAGAAUCACCCCUUCAGGGAAGAUCGCCCCUUCAAGAAAAGGCAUCGCAACGAAGAUCGCCCCUUCAGGAAAGACCGGAGAGCCAUGUAGUUGCCAAUGGUGUUGAGGACACGGACAUUGAGGGCACGGGCGCCAGGGUUUUAGAUGAAGCUAUGCGCGUAGCACAGACGGGGUCUCCAGCUGCGGAUGACACGACCGACGCAGCUCGACACGAAGGCGCUCGACACAAAAACGGUGCCCAGACAGUGGUCAGUGACGACGUGCCGGGGCCGCACCCGGCGGCGGUCCCCACCCCACAAAAGAGUCAGUCUCGAUGCAAGGGAACAGCCCUGUCGCCCUCAGUCGGGCGGCGCAUAACGAGACAGAUUUCCAAGGCGACUGAACCGGGUGGUCGAUCGGUCUCAUCUGUUGGACCCGACCGGAGGCCGGAACCUGCAGUCGGAGGCAACGGGGCCGGGUCCAAAGAAAAGAGCGCCCCCUCGCCGAAUGCAACACGCGAGUCUACGCGAAGGAAACGAGGCCUGCCCGACUUAGUACAAACGGCUGACCAGGGAGCCUCCGACCAGGGAGCCUCCGACCAGGGAGGCUUUGACCAGAAACCGUCCCACCAGAAAGCGUCCGAUCGGAAACCGUCCGACCAGAAAGUCUCCGACGUCCUUCAAGUGCCGGGUGGUGGUGUGGUUGAAUCUGCCAGCGUGAUUGGACCGCCGCGUAGUUGA